CGCUAGGGUUGCACUAGACUUGGAAGGAGUGCUGUUGUGUACAUACUAUUGUAUGGUUUUAUUUAUUUUUCUACUGUGCAAAUCAGCUGGAAGAUUUUUUCCAAGUGCCAAUUCGGAUUUAUUCAUCUCCCCCUCCCCCCAAAUAUAUCUGUUGUCAUUUUAAGCAUUGGAGACCAGAGAUUUUUUUUUUCCCCCUUUGGCUCUCUUGCCAACAGGAGGACAGCUGGGAAAACUGGAUUAAAAGGAUGGUUUUUAUCUGUAUUUUGCAGUUAAGACUGAUAUUUUGAAGGCACAUUCUUUCUGUGAUUCAUUUUUCAGCCCAUAGCUCUAUCCUUGAAGAGAUUUGUGGUUGGUUUUUGGUUGCUAAGAAGGUCACAGUUUUUCCUCUUCUCCCUUUUUUUUUUUUUUUUUUUUUGAGGGGGGAGGGGAAAGGGGCUAAGAAAGGAGACCAGGUUAACUGGUGGAAAUAGAAUGGAGCUUCAGUUACCAGGGUCCUGAGAAUUGGAGGAAAAAGGAUUCAGUCUUCAAGUUGGGAGGCCCUCUCACCUUUCUGAAAAAUCACAAGUGAUUCAAUCCUGAUCAAGACACCGAAGGUACAGGAUUCUGGAACCGUGGAGACACCGAGAAACCAUGAGUGUGAGGUUACCCCAGAGUAUAGACAGGUUAGCUAGCCUGUCUUCUCUGGGAGAUUCAGCAUCUGAGCGCAAGUCCCCUUCCCACCACCGCCAACCCUCUGACGCCUCUGAGACCACAGGCCUUGUUCAGCGUUGCGUCAUCAUCCAAAAGGACCAACAUGGCUUUGGCUUCACGGUCAGCGGGGAUCGCAUUGUUCUGGUGCAGUCGGUGCGGCCUGGAGGUGCAGCCAUGAAAGCCGGUGUGAAAGAGGGUGACCGGAUCAUCAAAGUGAACGGCACCAUGGUGACCAAUAGCUCACACCUGGAGGUGGUGAAGCUUAUCAAAUCUGGUGCCUAUGUUGCACUGACUCUCCUGGGCUCUUCACCCUCGGCCUUUGGUGUCUCUGGGCUCCAGCAGGACCCAGCCCCAGCAGGAGCUCCCCGAGUCACCCCUAUGAUCCCACCACCACCACCUCCACCACCUCUACCACCUCCACAGCACAUCACAGGACCCAAACCUCUGCAGGAUCCCGAAGUUCAGAAACAUGCCACCCAGAUCCUUAGGAAUAUGCUGAGGCAGGAGGAGAAAGAGUUACAGCGUAUCUGUGAGGUGUAUAACCGGAACCCCGCCAGCCUGCUGGAAGAGCAGAUCGAAGGUGCCCGGCGGCGUGUCUCUCAGCUACAGCUGAAGAUCCAGCAGGAGACUGGUGGCUUAGUGGACACACUUCCACUGUAUGGUGACACCAGCCAGAGAUCGUCAGAAGGCCGCCUCUCUCUCGAUUCCCAGGAGGGGGACAGUGGCUUGGACUCUGGGACAGAACGCUUUCCUUCCCUCAGUGAGUCAUUGAUGAAUCGGAACUCGGUACUGUCAGACCCUGGGCUUGAUAGUCCUCGAACGUCUCCGGUGAUCAUGGCCAGGAUGGCUCAGCACCACCGGCGGCAGGGCUCAGAUGCACCAGUCCCCCCUUCCAGCCACCAGGGUGUAGAUCAAAGCCCAAAGCCUUUAAUUAUUGGCCCAGAGGAAGAUUAUGACCCAGGUUAUUUCAACAACGAGAGUGACAUCAUACUUUUUUACUUGUGUGCAGAAGUUUAUCAGCAGACAAACCCCAAAGAUUCCCGAAGCUUGGGGAAAGACAUCUGGAAUAUUUUCCUAGAGAAAAAUGCGGUUAGAACAAAGCGCACUCUGGGGCUGGGCAGCCUGUAUGGUGAAAACGACCUGCUGGACCUGGAUGGGGACCCUCUACGAGAGCGCCAAGUGGCCGAGAAGCAGCUGGCUGCCCUUGGAGAUAUUUUGUCCAAGUACGAGGAAGACAGGAGGACCCUCAAGAUAAUGCAGCAGAUAAAAGUGGGCCAGGACAUGAGAUCUCUUCGUUUUCCUCCCAGUUCCCGCUCAGAGAUCCGCCUGGGCCGCUCUGAGAGCCUGAAGGGUCGAGAGGAGAUGAAGCGGUCUCGGAAGGCAGAGAACGUGCCCCGUUCUCGCAGUGACGUUGACAUGGAUGCUGCUGCUGAGGCCACGCGCCUCCACCAGUCGGCCUCGUCCUCUGCCUCCAGCCUCUCCGCCAGGUCUCUUGAGAACCCAACCCCUCCCUUCACCCCCAAAAUGGGCCGCAGGAGCAUUGAGUCCCCCAGCUUGGGGUUCUGCACAGAUGCCCUCCUUCCCCACCUCCUAGAGGAUGAUCUGGGCCAGCUGUCUGACCUGGAGCCAGAGCCAGAUGCCCAAAACUGGCAGCAUACCGUGGGCAAGGAUGUGGUGGCUGGGCUAAGCCAGCGGGAGAUUGACCGGCAGGAGGUCAUCAACGAGCUGUUUGUGACCGAAGCAUCUCAUCUGCGCACACUCCGUGUCCUGGACCUGAUCUUCUACCAGCGGAUGAAGAAGGAGAACCUGAUGCCCCGGGAGGAGCUGGCCCGGCUCUUUCCUAACCUUCCUGAACUCAUAGAAAUCCAUAAUUCCUGGUGUGAAGCCAUGAAGAAGCUCCGGGAAGAGGGUCCCAUCAUCAGAGAAAUCAGUGACCUCAUGCUGGCGCGGUUUGACGGUCCUGCCCGAGAGGAACUCCAGCAGGUGGCUGCUCAGUUCUGUUCUUAUCAGUCGAUAGCCCUGGAGCUGAUCAAGACCAAGCAGCGCAAGGAGAGCCGCUUCCAGCUCUUCAUGCAGGAGGCCGAGAGCCACCCCCAGUGCCGGCGGCUGCAGCUUAGAGACCUCAUCAUUUCAGAGAUGCAGCGGCUCACCAAGUACCCGCUGCUGCUGGAAAACAUCAUCAAGCACACCGAGGGUGGCACCUCUGAGCACGAGAAGCUCUGCCGGGCCCGGGAUCAGUGCCGGGAAAUCCUCAAGUACGUGAACGAAGCCGUGAAGCAGACAGAGAACCGACACCGUUUGGAGGGCUACCAGAAACGCCUGGAUACCACCUCCUUGGAGAGGGCCAGCAACCCCCUGGCAGUGGAGUUCAAGGUAGGAGGCCCGCCUCUCCCAUCCCAACACAGUCUUCUUCUUUCCUUUCCUCACACAGAUAAACGGGCCUUCUUCAUCAUCUGCACCUCUGAGUUGGGCCCACCCCAGAUCUAUGAGCUGGUUGCAUUGACAUCAUCAGACAAGAACACAUGGAUGGAGCUCUUAGAAGAGGCCGUGCGGAACGCCACCAGGCACCCCGGAGCUGCCCCGCCGCCCAGCCGUCCCCCACCUCUGGGCCCCCAAGAGGCAGCCGACCGGAGCCCGGCGCCCAGCAGGGUAGGACUGGAUGACACAGAAGUGUUCCAGAGAGGUUGUUCUGAAUCAGAGCCCGAGGAGCUGCCUGGAGCAGGCACCGGGCCCCAGCAGAGGGUCAGAGGGACGCACCCAGUAGUGCUGGAGGAUCCUGAGCAGGGGGGCACUGGAGAGGAGGCGGCACGGGGGGCCCUUCCUCACCCCUCCUCACCCCUGGACGGAGAGACCACAGGCAUCAGGACAAGGGACCCCAUCCAGCUGCCCCUCCCCGGCCCUCUGUUCAUGGAAGGACUUGCUGAGGCCGCCCUGGAAGACGUGGAGAACCUGAGGCACCUGAUCCUGUGGAGCCUGCUGCCAGGUCACACCGUGGAACCACAGGCCACCGGGGAGCCCGAGGAUGACCUGACACCCACCCCUUCUGUCAUCAGCGUCACGUCUCACCCCUGGGACCCAGGCUCCCCAGGGCAGGCCCCCACUGGGGAUGAAGGGGACACCGCCCAGCUCCCUGGGCUAGAAGGGAGCCAGCCAGAGCUGGAGGACGUGGCUCUCUGCUCUCUGGAACACUUGCCCCCAAGAACCAGAAAUUCUGGGAUCUGGGAGUUUCCUGAGCUGGAUAGGAGUCCAGCUGAAGAGGUUUCAAGCACAGAAGCAGCAGGAAGUUACAAAGUUGUGAGGAAAGCUGAGGUGGCAGGCAGCAAGGUUGUCCCUGCGCUCCCAGACAGUGGCCAGCCAGAGCCCGAGCCACCUGACCUGGAAGGCGGAGCAAAGGCUGCGGGGAACUGUUUUUAUGUCAGCAUGCCAGCAGGACCCCUGGACUCCAGCACCGACGCUUCAGGGGCACCCACCAGCCCCGCCCAGCCCGACAGCCUCCCUACCCAGCAGACAGAGCCUCAGACCCAGCUGCCUCAGCUGCAGAGAGGCAAUGGAGAUCAAAGACGCCCCAGCCGCUCUCCCCCAAACCUGGCCCUCAGGGACGUGGGCAUGAUCUUUCGGACCAUCGAGCAGCUCACCUUCAAGCUCAACAGGCUCAAGGACAUGGAGCUGGCCCACAGAGAGCUGCUGAAGUCCCUUGGCGGAGAGUCAUCUGGUGGCACAACACCUGUGGGCAGUUCCCACACCGAGGCGGCAAAGUGGACAGACAGCUCCUUCUCACCCGUAGCCAAGGAGCCCCUGCUCUCUGACUCCAGGGACAGCCAUGAAGUAGGGCCAUGCCCUGAGGACAGUGAGUAAGCUGUUCCCUCUUUGUUCUUACCCUGGGGGAGAAGUCCACAAGCUGGUAAGGAAAUGUCACCAAGCAGCGUGAGGAGAGAAGGUGGUUCUGAGGGUCUCCCCCCUUGGUUAUAACCAGGCCAUUCCUGGACUUCAGAAAGGAAUCUUUUUAAGAAGCCCCACAAAAGCUCACCUAAAAAUGAGAAACUUAGAAUUGGUCCCUCUUUUCCUUUGGGCUGUGGAGAUAA